UUAUCACGACGCCAUCGGCAACUGUUUAUCACUUCCAACUUUAAGAUGCCAUCGGUAGCUGUAGUGAUGUCUGUUGCUUGGGCGACAGCUAUUUUUAUGCAUUUGUCUUCAGCUCUUCGCAGAAGACAAAUGAGACGACGAUGUGUUCGACGCCUGUGUUUGCUGGAGGAUCAGUUUAUGGCUGGCAGUCCAGUAACAUACUGCAUGGUAAACCAUACCGUGCCCAUCUUGCAGUUGUGGUUUGAUGUCGAGUUAGAGCUCAAGCAGGAUUUCCGCCUGAGCAGAACAGCAAUGAAUGCUUUGCAAAGGCUCUUACAAAGAGAACAGGACCAUGGCUGGGGUCAUCAGUUGGAAACUCUUAUUUAUGUUUACUGGCUUGCACAUGGACUGUCAUAUAGGGUAGUCGCCAGUGUUUUCAAUGUGCCAAAAGCCACAGUCCACCGCGUUAUCCACAGAGUGGCACAGAAUAUAUGGGAAAACCUGAAGAAAGCCAUCGCUUUCCCACAAGCAGAAGAACUACAGGCAGUGGGGCAAGGAUUCGUCCAACUGUCAGGAACCCAUGCCUUUAAAGACGUCGUUGGAGCAAUAGAUGGCACCCACAUAAGAAUCAAACCCCCAAAGCGGCAUCAAAUUGACUAUUUAAACUACAAGGGCUUCUACUCCAUUAACAUGCAAGCAAUGUGUGACUCCAGUGGACGUUUUCUGGACAUUUUUGUUGGCUAUCCGGGGUCAGUUCACGACACACGGAUAUUGAAAAACAGUUCUUUUUAUAGGGCCCAACGUUAUCCACCUUCAGGGUACAUUAUUCUGGGUGAUGGCGGCUAUCCCUGUUUAGAAUCCCCAAUCUGCUUGAUCACACCCUACAAAGAGCCUGUAAAUGGACAAGUCCAGGGCCGCUUCAAUUACUUCCAGUCAAGGGCCCGCAGCAUAAUUGAAAGGGCUUUUGGCAUGAUGAAGACAAGAUGGAGGUCAACACUUUUCAGAGCCCUAGAAGUCAAACCUACAUUUGCUCCCCAGGUCAUUGCAUCCUGUGCAUUUUUGCACAAUGUAUGUUUAGAUAAUGGAGACAUGCUUGAACCUGAUGCUGACAUUUCAAGGGACAAUUUGGACUGCCACCCUCCCCGCGAAUACCUGGCACCCAAUGAAACAUCUGGAAAUGCAACAAGGGACAGACUGGCUGCCCUGGUUUCAGGCAUUGUGUGAGCCCUGUGAACAUCCAGAAAUACAGUUGUACUUUUCAUACAGUUUAUACAUUUGUUUCAUACAGUUCUUUUUAUAAUAUAUAUGUAAAGUUGCCUAUUUUAAAACUGUUUUUAUAGUAGUUGUUGUAUUAUAGUAUAUGUAAUUUUGACAUUUAAAUGUGUAUUGUUUGCAAUAAAUUUAAUAAUUUUAUUAUUAAUUAUAUAUAUAUAUAUAUAAAUAAAUGUAAAGUUGCCUAUUAUAAAACUGUUUUAAUAGUUGUUGAUGUAUU